AUCCUGCGGUGUUUUUGUGUGCGAGUGUGUGAGGGAGAGAGAAACAGCGCGCUUCUUGACGCGCAAGCGCGGCCGGCUGAACCACACAUUACGCGCAGUCAGUUGAACGGAGCUUUUUGUAGGUUUUUUUUUCCUGGGAUAAAACCCAAACAGUCGACAUGGGGAAGGUGGAAGGAGGCAUGAAGUGCGUGAAAUACAUUUUGUUCGUGUUCAACUUCCUGUUCUGGUUAAUGGGAUCGUUUGUUCUGGCGGUGGGACUUUGGCUGCGUUUUGACCCAGAAACUGUCUCUCUUCUCACUGCUGAUAAGGCUCCGGAUACCUUCUUUCUUGGUGUGUACAUUCUGAUUGGUGCUGGCAGUCUCAUAAUGCUUGUCGGUUUCUUCGGCUGUUGUGGAGCUGUCAGGGAAUCUCAAUGCCUUCUGGGUUCAUUUUUUGCUUGCCUGCUGAUUAUUUUCGGAUCUGAAGUGGCAGCRGGAGUGUUUGCGUUCCUAAAUAAAGACAAGAUAAUUGAAAACGUGCAGAAGUUCUACACUGAAGCUUACAAUGAAAACAGUAACGGCACGUUGAUUCUCUCUUACCAGAAUGUGCUGAAAUGUUGUGGAAUCAAAAGCAACAAGUGUCCCAAUUCUGAGCCAGAAACAAAGGACUGUGAGUCAGGAAUAGAAGACUUCUUCAACAAUAAACUCUUCAUAGUCGGGUACUUAGGCAUCGGUGUCGCUGGAGUCAUGAUCAUUGGAAUGAUCUUCAGCAUGGUGCUCUGCUGUGCCAUUCGGAAUAGCAGGGAGGUCAUUUAAGACCUGCUGCUUCAUCUGGCCCCUGAAGAGUCCUCAGCACUUCGGAUAAAACGCCUGUUCCUGCCCACUAUGGUCCUCAGCGCCCUCUUUUUUUCUCUGUUUUUUGUUUUCUACUUGUAUGUUUUUUGUAUUUAUUUAUUUCUAGUCUAGGCCAGGUAGAAAAAAUAGCUUUCAUAACAUCUUAGUAAGACUUUUACAUGUUGAGUGGGAACACUACAGCUUAUGUUGACCUGACAGUUUCUCUGUUUUCCUUUCUGCCUUUUGGACACCACUGUGAUUCCCAGGCCACAUAAUGUCACAGCAGUAUCAGGGCUUUUUUUUUCACAGUGUUGGCACUGACCUCUUGGCUGUGGGAAACCCGAGAGAGCAAUCUGAGGUGAAACCAGAUGAGUUUCCUCAUCUGUAACACAGCCACGCAUACGUGUACUAACACACAUAUGUCAUAGCUUGACAUUAGUUUUGUGGCUUGAAUGUUUAGUCCUGAUGUGUGAAAUCAGAUUGAUGUGUUAAAAAGGGGGAAAUGGGAGAAUGUUUAAAAGUUCAAAACCCAUUAACGUUAUUUAUUUKUUAAAUUAUUGUCCAGUAUUUAACCCCAACUUUUGAAAAGGGGCUGAUGAAGUUUUGAGCAGAUUUGUUUGCGUCCCAUUUAACCACUUUUUAUGGAGAGCGACAUUUGGCUYCUCAGAAAGAUAACAGGAAAUACGUCAUUCAGUGUGUUAGACAAAUACACGUAUUUGUUGCAUGUUUUAACACAUUUACUAUAAAGCAUGUACACAAUAAUACAUUUGAUUUUGGUUUAUAGAAAACUAACCCUGCAUUUCACAAAAAUGUUGAGAACAUUUUGGAUUUUUUUUUAGUAACGUGAACAUUUUGGAAAAGUUACCUAAUUAGUCAGAAAAGGUUCUUUCAUAAAUAUAAAUCCAAGAAGUUGAGAAGAAUCAACAACAGCAUAAAGUGCGAUCCAAUAGAAAGUAUAAAGUUUUUUUUCAUGCUAUCAAAACAUGCUCCCAAUUCCUAGAAAAAAAAGAGGUUCAUCAUCUCUCUAUUUMUUGGGUUACAAAAACCCUGUCUUGCAUAAGAGAGUCAACUCUUUUGUAUCUGUAUAGUUUGAUUCAGAUUGUGUGGUUGUGUUUACAGCCUAAAUAUACCCCAGCUGGUUAACUGAGAGCAGUAAAUCAGCCAGAGAAUCUUGCCCCACUUAAUUUUCUUUUUAUCCCUUUUGUGCCUUGAGAAUAAAUCACAUAUGGCAACAAGAAAAAAAAAUUCUCACACAGUCCGUGCUGCAGAGUUUGACAGASCAGUGGAAUUAUUUAUCCAGGUUAAAUCAGAAUAAUACAGCUGCAACAGUUGCUUGAACUGUCAGGGUUCCAGUAUGUAAAUAUGUUUUUUUGUGUGUGUACAAUAUUUGUCUGAUGUGAUAGUAAUUAUCUAAAGUGAUAGUUUAGAUCUUUUGCAGUGGUGCUUUGUGGAAAGGUUUUAAAUCACGUGUUUCCUGCUGUAGACAGCUUUUUGAAUGAWCUCCUUCUGGAGUUUAAUUCUGACCGGACUGAUGAGAUACCAUCUCAGGCUGCACCAAAGCAGUUAAUUUGUACUUGCAAUUUCCCUAAUWAUUCUACAUAAAAUACAUUGCAGURUAAAAUUGAUUGUUAAAUGGUUAAUCAAAUUCACAUGUAUUAAUUUCUUUUUUAUUUUAGAUUGAAAAAAACAAAAAAGUCAACAGCUAUCUACUUCAGUUCCUGCUCGGAUUACCCAGGAUACAAAAACCUGGUCAAAACUAAUUUAUAUUUCUCUAAAAUAGGGUAGUUUAAAUAGUUAUCUACAGGUAUGAAGGCCCUAACCUUACCUUAGUACCCAACUUCAGAAGAUCUAAAUUUUUUGCUUUAACAUGCUGUACGCCAACAAGUAUUUGCUGUAAUUGWAAAUAGACAUAAUUGUGACAGGUUUUAUUUUUAUUUUAUUUUAUUUUUAUUUUUGCAAAGGCAAGUACUCUGAAUGAAAAGCUUUUUAAUGUGCCUUUUUUAAGAUAAGCUGUUUAGCAAGCAGCAGKUUGUAGCAAAUAAAUCUAGUAAACCUGUACAUUUGUUCAUAUAGCUUAAUGUUGCUGGUAGCUGUCACACACAUCUGACGAGGAGGGCAUGAGCUGCGACUCGCUGUGGUAUGUUUUAAAGUUUUGCACUCACCUGUGUCCGAUUAACUUAAACAGUAGAUGUUUCACGAGCAACACGUUUCCUUUUAGUCAUCUUAMAAUCCUGUAGGUACUUUUAAAUCAAUAACCCAUUUUCAUAUUAUCAGUUCUGUCUUAUUAGGAUGUGAGCACUGUUUGACUGUGGUUUAUAUAUGUUUUUUAUUUUCUUUUUUGUAAUUCAGUGUAAUUUGACUCCAAUGAAAUGACAACAAAGGCUCUCACUGUACUUCAUGAUGCCAUUUGGCAGUGUUUACUCUCACCAUUCCGGCGACACAAGAGAGUCAACAGACUGUCAUUUCAGAGGAGUUUCAGUGUUCACUGCUGCUCAGUCAGAAAUCUGUUGCUGUACUUCUCAGUUAGGUUUGUGUGAACAACACUCACAGAYGAUCAUGUGGUAAUUAGUUUUGAGUACCAUUUCAGGGUUCUCAGGAGAAUAGUUGUCUGAAGUUUAAUAAAGCCUUCAAGGUUU